AUGUCUGACACCCCAGUCGUUACAGAAGCCUGGUUGCCGGGCUUCGACGGACACCAGUUCUACACAAGGACUUACCCCGCCGCUGACUCCAGCGCCCCUCGGGGAGUUAUCCUUUUCGUCCACGGUUUUGCAGAGUACACUGCUCGAUAUGCCCAUGUUCAUCGCAUCUGGGCUGCGAGAGGUUAUACCCUCUUUACAUACGACCAGCGCGGGUUCGGCCAGACGGCGGUUGAUCUGGAGCAUCGCAGUAAGGGAAGUGCAUACGGAAAGACGUGUCUCAGAGACCAGUUGAGCGAUGUCCAGUGGUGGGUGCAGUACCUGAAGGGUCAAUAUCCGGACUCUCCUCUGUUUUUGAUGGGUCAUUCCAUGGGCGGAGCGCUUUCUCUAGCCUUCGCCACCCGCGUGAAGGCUCCGCCAUCUCCAGAGACUGUUCAGAUGCUUUCUGGGAUCAUCGCGUCGAGUCCUUUCCUCGAGCAGACUACUCCAGUCUCAAGGUUGCUUCGAUGGGUAGGGGAAAAAGCCGCUAUGGUCUUACCGCAUAUGCCGUUCCCUGCGGAGGUACUACCCGAGCACUUAUCACAUGACCCCGUCGUUAAUGAGGCCGCGGCGAACGACCCCCUUUUGAAGCAGAGGGGCACCUUGCGCGGGCUGGCAGAUAUGCUCAACUUGGGCGAGCAAUUGCUGUGGAAUGAUUAUAAGCGCUGGCCGAAGCAAAUUCCGCUCCUUAUCCUGCAUGGGACCGAUGACAAGAUUGCGUCGUGCAAAGCAGUGGAAGAAUUCUACGGCAAGCUUGAUGCGGAAGACAAGAAGAUCUCGUUGUAUUCGGACGGAUACCACGAACUUGCAAACGAGCCUGAUGGAGUGAAGGAGAAAUUUGUGGACGAGUGCAUCGAGUGGGUGGAGGCCCGUCUCAGCAGGCGUUUGGGCGAGGUGCCCGAGGCGAGUAACAUACCAGUGUCGAGGCUGUAG